CUAACCUGUAUAGUAUUUGGUAAAUUGGAGACGUUAACAAAGUGAUGAAUCUGAAGCUCUUCAAACCAAAACAAACCACAUGGCCCUUGCAGGUCUGCGCCAGUGAACUCACUCCGCCGAGUAAUUAUUCUGGCCAUCGCGUUCAUUCAUAUUUUUGAUAUUUUACUGUCAUUGCUUUGUUUUACUGUCUCUGAUACCUGUACAGGGCUGAUUAUUUAGCUGGGUCUCUUCUAGCAGCAUCAACGCCCUAAAGAUACGUGAUGUCAUCUGUGGCCUCUUCAGGUGCACAAAGAGUGUCUGGUGGAAUUGAUUCUGGUCCUUCAACAACAAGAUCCCGUGGAUCAAAGUCUGAUAAUCGCCGUGAUUAUAAUUAUGUGCGCCCUAGUCAAGAACCAACGGAGAAGGCACAAAAACCGUGCUCUGAACAGUCUGGAAAUGAGCAUGGUCAUGGAGACACAGAGCUACAUAGAACAACAUCAUCUGAACUUAGAAAUGCAGUGAUCCAAACUAUCCUCUCUAGUUGGAAAACUGUGGUCAUCAUGGUCUCAUUAAUAUUUGGUGGUUGCUGUGCUAAUGUUUUUACACUAGAGACUAUUAUCAAAGAUCGGCCACGCGCAGGCCCUCUAAUAACAUUUGCGCAGUUUUUACUGACUGCGCUGUUUACAUUUCCAAGCUUUAUAUCUUUUUCAGCAGGACCUCGGGCAUUGUUUUUCAAAAAGAACAUCAUCCCAUUGAGCUCGUGGUUUGCGUAUACCGCAUUCUUUGUGACCAUUAACAUGCUGAAUAAUUGGGCUUUUGCCUAUAAGAUUUCCGUCCCACUCCACAUUAUCUUAAGGUCCGGUGGUCCAGUAGCUUCUAUGAUUGUUGGACGUCUCUUCAGCUCCAGGAAGUACUCCCAAGGCCAAAUUGUGGGCGUGGCAAUGCUCACACUGGGUGUAGCUAUGGCUGCAUUGGCCGAUGCCCAGUCCAAGGGUCAAAUUACCAACACCGAUCAGAAAGAUGACUCUUCUUUUGCUAGAGCCGUAACUGGAUUUAGCAUCCUUGUUUUGGCAAUGGUACUUUCUUCGUUUCAAGGAAUAUACGCCGAUAAGCUGUAUGCGACUUACGGCAGAGAGCAUUGGAAAGAAGCUCUGUUCUACUCCCAUACGCUUUCUUUGCCGCUUUUCCUAGGCGCCUACUCGAAUCUUUCCACUGAAUGGAACUCGCUCUUUUUAUCACCGCCAUUGCUUUCUCGAAAUGCAGAACUUGGGCUCUCCGGUGUUCUGUUUUCCGACGCCACCACGAAAACAUGUGCACAGCCAGUCCGCUCAUAUCUCAACCAUGCCGCGUUGCGCCUUUUUGAAGUGCUCCGAAAUAACGACAGCAUCCAGUCAAUUCUGGUCUCUACCCCUGCGCAAGUGAUUUUCCUGAUCCUCAAUGCACUGACCCAGUACCUGUGUAUCCGUGGUGUGCAUCUGCUCUCUGCCAAAUCGUCCUCCUUGACAGUGACAAUAGUCCUGAAUAUCCGAAAGCUCGUGUCUCUUCUACUAUCCAUCUAUCUGUUUGGCAAUGAUCUUACGUCUGGGGUGUCAUUUGGAGCAAUUUUUGUUUUCGUGGGUGGUGCGUUAUAUGGCCUUGCAGGUACACGACCGAGGAAAGCUCUCAAGAAAGAAUGAGCGCCAUAACACUGCGUUCCACAGAUGGCGUUUUCAUUAUUGUCGGUGGAGUUUUUUUUUCAUUGAUGCUCACUUGAACAUUGUAUGCUAUAUUAUAUUUGUUUGGACAUAGAGUAAAGCAUCAGGCACGUUGUAGAUAUCCCCAUUCAUAUGGGCAUACUUCAUUCUACAGACAGUGGUAACCUGAGGAUUAAAAAUAGCUCAUUGGCCGUUGGAUCGGC